ACUGCUUCAUUUAUUAUGCUAUACAGUACUUGCAUAAACAUGAGUAUCCUCACGAGAUACAAAGAACCGUGCAGCAAUCACUUGAUGCAAUCUGUAGGUUCUGACUUCUCAGUCUUGCUAACUAAUUGGUUAUAGGCUGAGAGGUCCACAGUGCGUCACGACGCUCAGUCUUCUCCCCUUCUCCCUCUCUUUCUCCCCUCACUCGCGCGGUGUCAGUCAUCCGCGAUGCUGGAGAGAGAGCCCGGCUCCGCGCCAAACAUGUCUGGGAUCACCGCUAAUGACGCUUGUAAUGACUGUUUAACAUCACCGCAGCAUCUGAACUCCACGGAAAUCCACUCCCAUUCUCACAUUGAUGAAGACGAUGAACUUCUCAAGUACAUCUGGAGGGAAUAUUUGCAUCCUAAACAGUACGAAUGGGUGCUCAUAGCUGGAUAUAUCAUAGUCUUCCUUGUGUCUCUGGUCGGAAACACCUUGGUCUGUUUUGCAGUUUGGAAAAACCAUCACAUGCGCACGGUAACCAACUACUUCAUCGUGAACCUGUCCUUUGCAGACAUCCUGGUCACAAUCACAUGUCUUCCUGCAAGUCUUGUGGUGGACAUUACAGAAACCUGGUUCUUCGGACAGACCCUGUGCAAGAUACUACCUUACUUACAGACAAUCUCUGUGUCUGUAUCGGUUCUGACACUGAGCUGCAUUGCCCAAGAUCGCUGGUAUGCUAUCUGCCACCCCCUGAAGUUCAAGAGUACUGCCAAAAGAGCCCGCAAGAGUAUCGUUCUGAUCUGGCUGGUUUCCUGCAUCAUCAUGAUUCCACAAGCCAUUGUCAUGGAAUGCAGCAGUCUGCUUCCAGAGCUCACCAACAAAACCAGCCUGUUCACCGUGUGUGAUGAGCAGUGGGCAGAUGAAAUCUACCCUAAAGUCUACCACACCUGCUUCUUUAUUGUCACUUAUUUUGCUCCAUUAUGUUUGAUGGUCCUGGCAUAUAUUCAGAUCUGUCAUAAACUCUGGUGUCAACAGAUUCCUGGAACAUCAUCGGUGCUUCAAAGGAAAUGGAAGCCUCUGCAGUGUUCCGCCCAUGCUGUAGGCUCGGGAGAAUCAGUGAAGGUGAGAAGCAGCACUGUCUCAGCGGAGAUCAAACAGGUUAAAGCUCGACGGAAGACAGCACGCAUGCUGAUGGUGGUGCUGUUUGUGUUUGCACUCUGUUACCUGCCCAUCAGUGUUCUCAACAUCAUGAAGAGAGUAUUUGGUGCUUUUAAGAACACAGACAACAGAGAGACUGUCUAUGCCUGGUUCACCUUCUCACACUGGCUUAUAUACGCCAACAGUGCUGCCAAUCCAAUUAUCUACAAUUUCCUCAGUGGUAAAUUUCGAGAGGAGUUCAAAGCAGCGUUCAUCUGUCAUUGCUCCGGUACAGAUGAGAUACACCAGGAGAGAGUCAGAGCAAGAACCAGCACAGAUAGCCGCAAAUCCCUGUCUACCCAAGUAAACAACUUUGACAACAUCUCCAGGAUAUCUGACCAGGCUGUGUAGCUCCAUCGUGAGAAGGGUUUGCUGGGUCAAUCCUGCAGACUGCCACUUAACCAUUCACCACCGCCAACUAGAAGAACACAGACGUGUCGUAUGUGAGACUUGCGGAUAGAAGGACUGAAUAGACCUAUUAGCCCCUGUGAAGUACCAACACUUUUUGAAAAUGACAUUGUGUCUAGCGUAAGAGCACAUGACGCUUCAGUGGAAUUGAGAUUUUUGGCCAAAGGGUUAUUUUUCUGCUCACCACAACAGGUGAUGUACCCCACAAUCCCCAGAGAUGAUGUGCAUGAAGAUAAUGGCAUGGCUCUGAAACACAUCGUUGAUGUGAGGCUGCAUUCAUUCUUCAACUCAGGAUUGAAAGCCAAUGACGAUAGAAGGGAAGCACAAAAAAGAAAUCCUUUUUAAAGGUGUUAAAACACUUUCUCCUAUCACAUCUUAUGUAGAGACAUCUAUAAGUAAGUAAUCUGCGAGUUAUCUGAGAAGUGUAAAGACUGCAGCACCACUGAAACAUUGCUCUGUUUGUUUGAGCAUACUAACUAGCUGAACUCAGUGAUACUGGCUCGCCAGUCAUUUGAAUUUUGGAUGGUACUCUUUGUUUGACGGGCCAGCAGAAGCCUGUUUGAAAUCAAACAGUAGUUUUGUAAUUAAGCCUCUAGCAGUGCAGACUUCAGAGAACAGGCCGCACUUUACACAAUGCAUGCAUCAACUGCUUCAAGUACUUAUGAACACAAUGGAUAUUGUGUGUGUGUGUGUGUGUAUAUAUAUAUAUAUAUAUAUAU